CACCGGUUGUGAGGCUCACUAUUCCACGGCAGACAUCCGGCCGCAAGCAAGCAUUCUGCGUCUCAUUAUCGCAAUCAGUGACCAACCCGACCAACGCAGGAAGGUUGACUGAAGAGGAAGGUGUUGACCGUCGUUGCAGGGUGGGAAAGGAGAGAGUAUCACCCAUCAAGCCGUAUCACAGCGAUCGAAUGAGCGGCUGAGGAUCAGUCAUGUUGAGGGCUCCCUCGUUGCUCUCAUGUGGCGCUCGAUCGAUCAAUAUAGGGCUCGGAGGAGAGGCAACACGAUCCCUGUUGACACGGUCGGCCAGGCAAGUACGGGUCAACGUCGAAGCCACUCAGCGGGGAGGAAAUCGCGCAAACCCUCCCCUGCUGGAUCAAGGUAGGUCCGCCAAUUACAACAUGCUGUCCCUGUGGAGUAUAGAGGCCGAAAGUAGUUUCACAUCAUGCUCACACUCAACGCACUUUCCUGGGAACUUUCCGAAGCACACCCAGGAAAGGCAAACGCCUCAUGACCGCUCGAGCAUCGAGCGCCAAUCCCCUUCGCCUUUGCCUGCGGACCAUUUUCUCGAUCGAUUACUCCUCGUGCUACUCGCCGUUGGCGCCGAUGCUGUACAUUGUGCUCAACCCACGCCCACUCUGUGCGCCGACCGUAAGUCGUGUACCGUACGGGCGUGUUAAUUUGAACGUGACCCUCUCGUCCUCGAUAUCGGCGGGCGCGCGGGCGCAUUGGCAAUGAGGAUGUUCUCCCAUGCGAGAGAGGGAGAGAGGGAAAUCUUGCCUCAUCUAUCGCGUCUAGCGUAGCGUGGCCAAGCAGCUCAGGCUCGGCCUUGUCUUCGUGCGUAGGCAGCGUGACGUCGCCGAGUAAGGCUAAGAAGAAGUAGCUUGUGUAUCAUCUAGUAAUUGACUCGAAGCACGUCCUCUACACUAUCACGAUC